AUGGCUGCUCCGAUUUCAACGGCCGAGCUCGACGAGCUUCUCAAGACUCGUGUCAGCAAGCCCAUUGCUCCUGAAGUUCUCUUCCCUAUUCUCUCUGCUCCGCCCUUUAUCACCACCAAGACGCUCAUCAACGCCCGCGAUAUUGGUGCCGUGCCCGGCAGCAACAUUCCCUCCGGACGCAUCUUCCGCUGCGGCACCCUGGAGUACGCCAGCCAUGAUCCCGACACCGUGGCUUGGAUCAAGGGCAACGUCCGCCGCAUCUUCGACCUGCGUAAGCCGCUCGAGCGAGAACACGGGCCUGACCCUGAGAUUGAGGGAGUUGAGAAUGUCUGGUUCCCCGGGUCGCAGGAGUACAAGACACCGAGCUUGGACGAUUUCGCCAAAGGCGACGGCAGCGCUGCCUGGAAGGACCAGUACAUGGCUGUUGCUCUCACGUAUGCGCCAACCUACAAGGCGGUCCUAGAACACAUCAGAGACAGCCCCGCGGAACCGUUUCUCUUUCACUGCACAGCUGGUCGUGACCGCACGGGAGUUCUCGCCGGUCUCCUCCACCACCUCGCUGGCACAGCCACUAACGAUGCGAUUCGCGACUAUAUGCUCUCCCGUGUCGGUACGGAAGUCGCUCGUGAGAAGCUUCUGAGAUUUGCCAUGGACAGCGUCGGCACCAACGAUAUGGAGACGCCAGGCUUCUACAACCUCGUUGAGCUGCGGCCUCAGUACUGGACCGCCUUUGUGGAGGGUCUUGAGGAGCAGUUUGGUGGCUGGGAUGGCUAUGUGACCAAGGGUUUGGGGCUUUCGGAGGAAGACCUCAUUACUGUGAAGAAGAACAUUCGUUCUUGA